AUGUGUGGGAUUCUGUGCUGGAAGGGAACGAUAGACGACGAGCUAUUGAAUCGAGUCAAGUCACGUGGUCCAACUUGCUUCGAUACACGUGUCUCCAGCUCACAGGUUCAUUGUUUAUCGUCAGUUCUGUCGUUGAGACCACCGCUGACACCUCAGCCAGUAGUCAAGAACGACAAAAUUGUCAUGUACAAUGGUGAGUUGUACAACAUUGGGGAGGGAUGUGACACGGUGGCUUUUUCGGAAGCGCUCUUCAACACCCCGAGCGUCAUUUCUGCAUUACAAAACAUCAAAGGAGAAUAUGCAUUUGCGUUCGUUGACGGCAACACCAUCUGGUUUGGAAGAGAUUGCAUAGGAAGACGGUCCCUAGUCUACAGGAUUGAUGGCGAGAACUUUGUGAUCUCGUCUGUGACCGAUCAUGUGAUGGAUACCGAAGAGCAAGGCUGGAUCCAAUGUGUGGGGGGAGUAGUCUACGAGCUUGAUGUUGUGACAGUUAGCAUAAGUGAGCAUCUAUGGGGAUACAAGGACGAUGAGACUAAUCCGAACUUGAUAUAUCCAUACAGGGAAGUGUCGAAUGAUGUCAUUGAGCUGGAAAAUCACGUGAUCUCAGAGUAUGCCACUCAGUUCAAACAGCUUUUGGCAGAUGCAUUGUCGGUCAGAACGGUGGGAUAUGAGCAAAUAUCAAUUCUCUUCUCAGGAGGUAUUGACUGUGCAUUACUCGCACGGUUGGCGGACAUUAAUCUGCCUCCGUCAGUGUCAAUUCAGCUCGUUAACGUUGCUUUCCAAAAUCCUCGAGUUGGAGAAGAGUACGAGACUCCAGAUCGGGUCCUAGGUAGAAACACCUUUGAAGAAUUGAAGGCACUGAGUCAAUAUGGUCGGAUGAUCUUCUCAGAAGUCAAUGUUCCUUACGAGGAGACACUCUCUCAUCGAGAGACUGUUCAGUCGUUGAUGUACCCCUCUACGUCAGUUAUGGAUCUCAGUAUUGCUGUCGCCUUCUACUUUGCCAGCAAAGCAUGCUCCAGCAACGUUGUAAUUUCAGGACUAGGAGCAGAUGAGUUGUUUGGAGGAUACUCGAGAAUCGUGCAGAGUCUUACACGUGGUUACGAUGCCGUGGCAGAGUCUCUACAGGUCGAGUUUUCUCGUUUGCAUGUCCGAAACCUCGGCCGAGACGACAGAGUCAUUUGUCACCAUGGAAAGGAGGCCCGAUACCCGUUUCUGGACGAAGACGUGGUUGCCUGGGCAACGGCCUGCCCGGUGAACCUCAAGCUGAGCGGAUCACGUGAUGAAGACACCAAGUUUCUACUCCGAGAGGUGGCUCGGAGUGUGGGGCUUGAUUCGGUAACUUUUCAGAAAAAGCGCGCCAUUCAAUUUGGAGCCCGAAGUGCCAAGAUGGAGAUUGGAAGCGGCAAAGUGAAGGGUCAUGAGGUGUUUAAGUAG